UCUGAUGUAAUCUGCUGUUGCUAAAGGGAUGUCUACAUUCACAUUUGUAGCACACUGCACACGAGUGCCUAGGAAUUAAGUUUUCAAGUUUUUCCAUGUCAGUUCUGCUGCGAGGAAGCCAUGUAUCUGUUUAUUUACUUCUACCUCCUAAUGAGCUUCUUUGAAGAAGUGCAUGGGUUUUGCCCUUCACAAUGCACUUGUGUUUACCAUGGCAGAAGUGAUGGCACUGGAACAAGGUCCGUGCUCUGUAAUGAUCCUGACAUGUAUGAGAUCCCUGUGAAUGUUCCUGUGGAUACUGUAAAACUUCGUAUAGAGAAAACUGUCAUACGAAGAAUUCCAACUGAAGCCUUUUACUACCUAGUAGAUCUCAAAUACCUGUGGGUAACUUACAACUGUAUAACCAACAUUGAUAUCAGCAGUUUCUAUAACUUGAAACAACUGCAUGACUUACGGCUGGAUGGUAAUCUGCUCUCGACGUUUCCUUGGGAAUCGCUGGCAGAGAUGCCCAAACUACGGACUCUUGAUCUACACAACAAUAAAAUGACCAGCAUUCCUGCUGGUGCUGGCCGGUACCUGAGAAACCUCACCUACCUGGACAUAUCCAGCAACAAGCUAACCACCUUGCCAUCUGACCUGAUGGACAUUUGGCCCCCCUUCUCAGAAGCUGUCUCAUCCAAGAACACAGACAUUCUGGUGACCCAGAGAGUUGUUUUAGGUCUGCAGGACAACCCAUGGUUUUGUGACUGUCGCAUUUCAAAGCUAAUUGAAUUUUCCAAAAUUGUGGACAGCUCAGUUGUACUUCUUGAUCCACUGGUUUCAUGUAGUGGACCUGAGAGCCUGGCAGGAAUCUUGUUCCAGAGAGCUGAGUUAGAGCAGUGUCUUAAACCAUCCGUGAUGACAUCGGCAACAAAAAUCACUUCCCCACUGGGAAGCAACGUUCUGCUACGCUGCGAUGCGACUGGGUACCCAACACCACAGCUUACUUGGACUAGGUCAGACAAUAUACCAGUGAACUACACAGUAAUUCAAGAAACACCUGGAGAGGGUGUCAGAUGGUCCAUAAUAAGCUUGACAGGUAUUUCCUACAAGGAUGCAGGCGAAUACAGAUGUAAAGCCAAGAAUUUAGCAGGAAUGUCAGAAGCUGCUGUUACUGUCACAGUGGUUGGUGUAGUUACUACAACGGUGUCACCACAGAAGUAUGGAAGGAAGCAAGAGGCAGAGAGACAGAGUACCACUGAGGAGGAAUCCAAGCAGGAACCUGAGAGGACAACCACACCUCUGCCCACUACACCAACCACCACAGCACUGGUUAGCACUGAAGGAUCAACGAGCACCAAGUUUCCUGACAAGAAGCAAUCCAGGCCUCUGUUUGACGGAAAGAAAAUUUCAAAGACAGUGGCAAAUGGAAACAAAAAGCAAACUGAGGCAAUAAGCAAGAAAGGUGAGGAGACUUCAUUGAAUACGGCAGGUAUGGCUGAGCAAAAUAUUACUGUAAAGAACCUAAGAGUAAUCAGUGAAACUGAUGAAAGAGUGACCUUAACUUGGAAGACUAUCAAUGCCACAAGCAAUUCUGCAGUGACUGUGUUAUACUCAAAGUAUGGUGAGAAAGAUAUGUUGCCUCUGAGCACUGAUUCCAGCAAAAACAAAGUCACGAUUGAUGGUUUGCAACCUAGUACUCAAUAUAUGGCAUGUGUCUCACCCAAAGGAGUGCCACCUACAAGAGAGCAGUGCAUUAUUUUCUCCACUGAUAGGUUAAAUGGUGAAAGCAGCUCUCGGUUUUCUAUUCUGAUAUUAGCCAGCAGUGCAGCAUGUGUGGUUAUUUUACCUGUGAUAUUUUUCUUACUCUACAAAGUUUUAAAACUUCGUGUGAAACCUAAAACUGCAAAGGAAGCUGACCUUGCAAAAGAGACGUAUGUGAAAUUUGAAACACUCUCUCUGAAGCCUCGAACAGUGAAUGCAGGAGAGCAGCUCUGGGCACGAAGGUGCACAGAUGAGUCUGAAAGACUUCUCCUUUGUUCUAGGUCAAGCAUGGAUUCUCAAAUGACCUUCAAAAGUGAGGGCUCCAGGUCUGAGUAUCUCUGUUGAACUUGGGUGAGGGUGGAGGAGAUGGAAUAUACAAUAGGUUAAAUGAAUCCAAAAUGAUGAUACUGCAUUUGGAAGAAGGUUGGUACUAGGUGGUGGUCAGAAUAUAUUAUUUGAUGUAAUGCAGUCUGCCAGAUGGGAGGGUGAUGGGUAGGAGGGAUAAUAGAAGAAAAAUAUUGCCUGUUUAUUUUCUGUUUGUGACUUUGGAUGUGAAGGAACGAUGUUCUUCAAAACAUAAAUACAGCAUGAAAUGGUUGCCUGGUUAAAGAUCUUCUAUUAUUUGUUUUCAUUAAAACAUCAUUCUGUUCUCUCUU